AUGUUCUGUGGUACAUUUUACGGUACAAUGUGGCUGCCUGUCAACUAUAUCAAGGCACAUCAAGAUGAAUUUGAGGGCGCGACCGGAGAAAGUCCACCGUAUCUCUUUUCAUUCUUUAGCGGUGUUCUUUGCACUUCUGCCUUCAUCUUCGUCGUGUAUUCGUUUAUCAAGCGAAAUAGUCCUUGGAUAAAUGCCGAGGCAGCACUCCCGUCUAUGCUAGCAGGGGCGAUAUUCGCUCUGGCGAUGACGUCAUUCGUAAUCGCCAUCGAUCAAUUGAAUGCCGCAAUUGCGUAUCCGAUUUGUGCAAUGGCACCAGGUUUGGUGGUGUCGAUGUGGAGUAUACUGUAUUUCCACGAAAUUACGGGUCGUCGAAACCUCAUCAUUCUAGCAAUCGCCUAUGGUUUUACUCUAAUUGGAGUAGCUUUUAUGACGAUAUCAAAAGAAGUGGCUAUACCGUAA